AUGGGUAAUUUCAAAGGGCAUGCCCUCCCUGGAAGCUUUUUCCUUCUCUUUGGCUUAUGGUGGUCAGUGAAGUAUCCACUGAAGUAUGCCUGUCGAAAAAACAAGAACGCUUGCUGCCUUGGUUCCAGAGCAGGAUUUCAGCGCCUGGAGUUUGUUGAGGGGAUCAUUAAAGCUGUAUUUGCCCUGAUUGGGAUGGUGGCUGAGCAAUUUGUUCCUGAUGGACCUCAUCUGAAGUUGUAUAAUUAUGAGGAAAAGCACUGGGACCACUUGAUGAACUGGCAGCAUGCCACCAUGUACCUCUUCUAUGGCAUUUCAGGAUUAGUUGACAUCGUGGCACAUGGGACCAACACGUUGCCAUUGGCCAUGGACAGGAUGAUGCUUUCUGUAGCAGUGUUUAUUGAAGGUUUUCUCUUUUGCUACCAUCUUCAUGGCAGAGCCAUGUUGGAUGUCCAUGUUCAUCAGUUGCUGCUGUUUGCUGUCUUUGGAGCUGCUGUUUGCAUAUUUCUGGAAGUUUUCUUCCGUGGCAGUACUGUGCUAGAGAUGCUCCGUACAAGCCUUUGUAUAUUACAAGGCAGCUGGUUCUGGCAGAUUGGCUUUGUGCUUUAUCCUCCAAAUGGGAGCCCAGAGUGGAAUCAGACGGAUCAUACUAACAUGAUGUUCCUGACCAUGUGCUAUUGCUGGCAUUACGCCUUUGCUUUUCUUAUAAUUGCAGUGAACUACACAAUUGUCAGCUGGGCGGUUCGUUCAAAGGUUAAACAGUCCCAGUCCAUGGAAAUGGGAUUACUGAAGACAUCUGAACGAGAUCAGGACUCAGAAGAUGAAAUGUAGUAUGAAUAUGGCUUGAAUAUCUUACCUGCUCUACCAUUAGGCUAACUGAUACCUCAUUUGUAGAUUUGUUUGCCAUCUGUUUCAUUCUUUGCUACAAUUUACAAUGCAAAUAUCAUCCUCUAAAUGCCAUCUACAUCUCAACAGUUACAUCUUUACUUGAAGAGGGUAAGCUUCAUACCAACUUGUGGUGGUUGCAUUAGCACCUUGCCUAUCACAUACUUCAAAGAAAAACAGACUAAUAGUAGACAGACUUGGACUGGAUGAGGUGCAUGAUGAAGACUGCCUGUUUGUCUCAUUAGAAGCUAAGCAAACUGUUUUCCAGCUGCUGCUGAACAGACUGUUAAAUUUCCAUAACUAAGGUCUUCAAAUAAGCACCAUUUUCCCCCUGCAAAGUAAAUUUAUGCCCUGUGCCUAAGUAAAUCUGCAGACCUGGAAAACAGUAUGAAAAAAGGUUAAAAAACCAGAGUCCUGCAGCCGUCUUGUGUAACACCUUCAUGUCUCUCUUGUGGCAUUAUGUUAAACACAAAGAUCUACUCACUACAAACCCAUUCAGCAUUUGCAGAGACACUAUCAAGCUUGGGAGGAAGACCAAAGAAGUGUAAAGUGAUCAAAAGUGACUGCAGUUAUUCAUUCUUAUGCCUAAUACUCUUGCUUCUUGCUAUUAUUUGGCUUCCAAAGACAGUGAAGUGAGUCUGCUUUCCCACAGCACCUGAAGUAACUUCUUGUCUGGAAGGGAUGAGGGGCAUCCAGUGGGACAGCACCCAUCUGCAAAGCCAAUUACUUUUCCAAGGUUACUUCUUUUCUGUUGGUGGAAUUUGGUGGAAUUUCAGUAGGGUUUGUAGCAGACAUGCAACUAGACUCAACACCUGAGUCUGGAGCAGCACCCGAGUCUGCUGUGGGAGGGCAAGUGUUACCUUCAUAGUAGCUUCAUGCCCAGAUAUGCACAGCAGUAAAUUAAUUUAAAAUAAAAAAGAAAGAAAGUUUUUAAUGUUUUCUCCUCCAAAAGUGAAGUCUUGAUCUGGUAAAAAGCAAGGUGUGCUUCCUUUUGCUCGAGGUGAGCUCCAGCCUCAACAAAAGAGAAAUAACUGACAGGUGGCAAAAGAUAUCAGGAAAUUAUGUUCAUAUAAGCACACAGCCUCUAAGGAGUAGACCUUGGAAUUGUCACUCUGGCUCUGCAUAGGUCUUUUGAAAGACUGGCACAAGCAGCUGUGGCACACUAGCACUUACACUUCAUUUCCUAGAGUGCUGAGUAUGGGAUUCAUGCUGGUGGCUGUGCACCAUUUAACAUAUCCAUCAAUGGUGGUCAUGGUAGGGUGGUCAUUCUGGAUAACAGCUCCUUCCCUUUAGAACUCCCUCUAGAAAUAUUGUUUUCUAAUUAUUUUCAGAAAUAGACAAGUGCAGGACAACAAAAUCCAUUCAAAUAGUGCCAGUUCAUUUGGUUUGAUAUGGGAGAAGUGGAUUUCUCUUAUUAUUCAGAUAUUUCCAGAUGCUCCUAAGGCAAUGCAGAGAUGGACCCUGGCACAUGAAUGAGAGUUAUAAGGCCUGGUCUCCCCACUUCUGAGUUUCCCUUAUAUUUUUCCAGUGUGAAACAAAAAAAUGAGUAGCAUAAAAUCACUACUUUCAGUAAGCUGAUUGCUUAAAAAGAUAGGUCACAGUUUGUAGCUGUCUUGGGUUUGAGCUCAAAGGGAUCCCAUGAUUCAGAAAAAAAGAAAAAAGGCUUUUUCUAAAGCUAUUUUACCUUCAAUGCAACACGAACAUUCACUUGUCUAUCCUCCUUUCUAUCUGUCCAUUGUCAAAGAGAACCUUCCUUAGCUGCACAAGCUGUUAAUGCUGAAUAUCAGACCACCAGGUUUAUCAAUGCCUUUCCAAAAUUAGUGCUGUUAUUUAUUGUGAAGAUCUUCAGAAAAUAUUUUGCUUCUCAUAGGCAAGAACAGUGCAAGUUUCUUCACUGUACAAAUUGAAUACUGUACAAAUACCUUUAAACACUCUGCUGUAUCUUCAAACUAAGGGGAUGACCUAUGCAGGAAGAAAAGCAUGAAAAACUGGCUGAGCUUUCCUAUGUCUUCUUAGAAAACUAAGCUUCAUCAUUAAAAAAAAAAUUACAUCUUUGCUAAAUAUUGUGAAGUAACACUUGUAACCAAGUGUCACAUUAUCCAGAAGAAUCUACUUUGGAAACCAAGGAUAGUUGGCUUACACGUUGGUUCUGUGUUUACAAAUGCACACUGAGAAACUGCAGAUUACUAGCCAAGGUUCACUACUCUUCUUAAUAACUGCUUGCCCUUCUUCAGUGCCUCCCCUUGAAUGGUCUUGGAGAUUUUGGCAGACCUUAAUGAAAUCUGUCUCAGGACAUUACUGUAAGCUGGGUACUGGUAUGGCUUUUUUACAUCUCUGUGUCUUAUCUUUACAGUGGUCUUACUGUAAAUUCUGAAUUAAUUGAUAUUUACUCUGCUCUGCAAGUCUAAGACUUGAGUUUCAUUACUGUGAUUCCAUUAAAAUCAGAUUUUCUCUUGACGUGAGCCAGAAGGAAGAUUCACAGCUUGGCUGAGAAGCUUGCUUGUUAAUUGCAGCAGGAAUACAUUGGCCAAAUGCAGCAUGUCAUUACACUCAGCUAUAAUCUUGCCUUCACUGCAUCACAUUGCUCUUGUUUCUAAAUUGCUGGGGUUUUUCUAAGUGGUAGUUUUUUUUUUCCUUUUGGAAUAAUUGAGGGCAUAAAGUUUCUGCAGUUCUGGCCAGUGAAGAAGAUGGUUAUGUAUCUAGGAGAACUUGAGGACUCUUACAGAAGUCUGUUGUGAUAAGUCAAAAAUCAGUUGACAAAUUAAAUCUCAUGGCAUUAAAUAACCUGAGUGAGCUGUGAACAUGAAGGGUGCUUGGCAAACUCUCCUUUUGGAAAAGCUGUUCUUUUUUCCAGAAACGAAAAGUGUCAUUACUUGAACACAGUGGCCAGAAGAGAGAUCACCUGCUGCAGCUCCUCCUCUUACUGCCUCAGUCAGGUGGCGGUGGCUCUGUCCUUACCUGUGUCUGGGCAUUAGUGCAGCAGUAGCUGUAAGUCUGUGCAUUUUCUUAGGAAACACUUGAGCAGGACUCAGCCUGCUGAGAGGUAUCACCCCGUGUCUCCCUGCUGUGAAUCUUCUGUAAACCACCAGAGAACUGGACAAAUAAGUCUGUCAGAUACAUCUGCUGGUUUUGGCACAAACGUGUUCAGCAAAGAUGCCAUUAAAGAAGCCCAGCCUGAAGAAUGGUGUGGUCUAUAUCACAGAAAUACAGGGCACACUUCCUACAAAACAUCUCUCUGUGUGCAAAGGAAGGUGGCAUUGCAGUAUUAUGAUUGAAGAAAUACAGGGUCUUGAAGCUUCAAGAAUCAUAGAAUCGCCUGGUUGGAAGAGACCAAGAUCGUGAAGUACAACCAUAACUUAACAUCCACCCAUACAAAACUCUCAGACCAUGUCCCUAAGCUCCUCAUGCAAAUGUCUUUUAGAUACCUUUAGAGAUAGUGACUCCACCCGCUCCCUGGGCAGCCUGUUCCAGUGACAAAUGAUCAUAUCAGUGAAGAAUUUUCCCCUAACAUCCCAUCUAAACCUGCCCUGAUGCAACUUGAAGUCAUUUCCUCUCCUUCUACUACUUGUAACCUGGAAGCGGCCAGCCCCCACCUCACUACAACCUCUUUUGGUGUAGUUGUAGAGACCAAUGAGGUCUCCUUUCAGCCUCCUCUUCUUCAGACUAAACAAUCCCAGCUCCCUCAGCCCCUCCUCAUAGGACUUGCAUCGAAGACUCCUCAGCAGCCGUGUUGUGCUUCUCUAUACAUGCUCCAGCACCUCAAUGUCCUUAUAGUGAGAGACCCAAACCUGAAUAGAGUAUUUGAGGCAUGAAAGGAAACAGUAAUAUAUUGGAUUUAAUUUUCAGUACACACAGAGUACACAUCUUAGUGUGCCAGGUGUAUUUUUGGUGCCACAGAGGAAAGGAACACUCCAUUUCGGGGUGGAUUUUUUUGUUAUGCAGAACACCUGACCCAUUCUUCUCAGGUACUGUUCAAAAGAGAUGCCCAGUAAUAGGAAGGUACCUACUGUGAUGGAAAAAACACAACCUUCAGCAUUUCACUAGCAACGGAUUUUACUUGAGUUGAGUAAGAAGAAGGAAGUCUGAGAAGUUUACAAAUGCCACUCAGAAGAAGGUAGCUGUUCUGAAGAAAACUUAAGUUAUUGUUAAAUAUUGGUGCCUUUGAAAAACUAUACAGCAGUUUAUGAUAGAUAUGAUAUGCCUGUGAUUUUAUUUAAAUAAAAUUGAUUUAUUCAUGUA